AUGGCGGACUCGGGUCUUUCGACGACGUUCAAAACGGAUGCUUCGCAAGAUAUUGAAAUGGCAGAUGGUCCCAUGGCAUCGCUGCUAUUGCAAUCUACUGCUGCAGACCAAACCACUCCAGCACAGGCUUCUUCUAUUCCCGCUCCCGUAGGCACAUCAUCCGGAAUGAAUUCCCAAACCUAUCCGGCUCUUCCUGCGAUUUCCCAGUCGGCGACUGCCUUCGCGGCACAAAUAAAUAUCCAGCAAUCAGUCGGCAAUGCGCUCCAGCAAAUACCCACCUCGUCUGCUCCCACCUCGAACGACCUGUCUCAGGCAAGUCAGCCACAGCUCCUUCCAGCCAGCCAGCCCAGUAACCCGUCCCCGGCGCCACCGGCACCGUCCAAUCCGCAGAUGCACAUGGGCACCAUAUCUAUGGCUAUACCAUCGCAGCAGAUAGCCGGAUAUUAUUCAGAAAUGCCGUCAAAUCCGCAAAACUCCGACGGGUAUGAGCUGAUCAGCGAUGGCGGAGGUGCGGCGGCUGGGGGCCGCAUGGGGAAAAAAGACGUGAAGCGGCGGACGAAGACAGGCUGCCUGACGUGCAGAAAACGUAGAAUCAAGUGCGACGAGCGGCAUCCCAUUUGUCGAAAUUGCGAGAAGAGCAAACGUGAAUGCCUGGGCUACGACCCCGUCUUCAGAGCACAGCCAGGCCCGUCGGUCAUCCAGCCGGCUCCGUCGCAGCAGACUACAUUCCCCGUCGCCGCGCCGCAAAUCCCUCCGCCGGUCGCUCCCCCAUCUAAUCCUGUCCAUCUUGUAUCAGCACCCCCGUCAAAUUCCCCAUCGAUACCCGCCACACUUCCGACGGUACCUCCCGCUCCUCCGGCACCGGCCGCAGCGCCUCAGCGGCCCGAGCAGCGUAGUCAAGCUACAAGUGUAAGCUCGACUCCUGCAGCAGCACCAUCGCCUAGUGUUCCCCCAGCGCCCGAAAAUUUUGAGCAUUUACUCAUGGCAAACGCCAUCAGUGAAUGCCGCAAUCUUGAAUUGCACCAUAUCAAUAUUGAUGACUUGCUGACUGUGAGCGGUCGACUGGAGCCGCUCCCGGAGGGUUUAGAGCUGUCAGCCACACGUGUGGAGGAGUGCGCUAAGUUUGUUGGAGCCUACUUAACAUGUAUAGAUGUCUUUCUGGAGACCCAUUGGUACGAAACUGGAGCUCGCCCAUUCUUCCUUGCCAACAAGAACCUUCUCGCCCAUGUUUCUAUUUUCUUAGACUAUGUUCUUGAAAGAAGAUGGAACGUGGACCCUGAUUGUGUACCAUUGAUGGAAAGUCGGGAAGCUCGCUUUAUUUGGGAUGCAAUGGCGCUAUGCCUAGAAGCACGAGCGCAAAAUAAGGGUGCUGAUGGCAAGCCUAAGCCAGAAGAUCCGGAGCUAACCCUCGCUAUAAAUCGUUUCAAAGUCGUGGAAGCUCUGCUCACUGGUAAAAUAUUAACAACGAACCCUACCUCGGCGCCCGAAUAUGGCGGGGAUGACUCUGCCUGGCUGUCAGUUGGGCUAGGAGUCCAGCUCAAACGUCGCCAAAUGAAAUUCUGGGAUGCCAUGGGGCAGUAUCUUGUCAUUGCGGACGAUAUGCCUGAAUGCAAUGUUUUGCGCGACCUUGCAUUGAUGGAUGCCCGAUCCUAUUUAGACACGUUUGAGGGCCGUGACACUGUCUACUCGAUUGCAGUUAUCCGGCACAUCUCCCGCUUCCAGCCUCGAAAGGUUAAGAAUCUUCCACCUUCAACGGAUGAGAAGGAUGUCUCAGCAAAACUAUAUGUUGCGACCAAAUUCAUCGAAGAAGAAAAAGAUGCUAAAGGGACCAGCCAAGUGGUACGGCGGCUUUGUGGCCAGCUCUUUAGAUGGUGGGAAAAACCAGAAAACUUGUGA